AGUAAUGGACAAAACAAUGGUUAAUUGUUUUGGCUGAGAAUGAGUUAAAAUCUCCCCAUUAGCACCUAUUGGCCGCAAAAUCUCUUCUUCUUUCUUUCAUAAACGAAAACUAAACAGCGAGAAAGAGAGAAGGCAACCAACCCAAAAACCUCUUACCUUUUCCUCCUCUGUUCGACGGAAAACGAACCAGAAGGAAGAAGAAGAGCCUCCAUCUGAUCGACUUUUUUCUCAGUCCAAAGAAGAUUAGAGUUUUGACAGCCGGCCACAAGAAACGGCGAGGACCACCCAAAAUUGACCAGAAAAUGUCAAUCUAGGAAUACGGAGAGCGGAGAAGCGGUGAACGGGGUACCGCUUCGUCGACGAUGACAGUGGCGUCGGUGUCGAAGCAUCAACCGCCGGCGACUGCAACUACCCGCCGGCGACGAGAGGGCAUCGGGAAAGAAGAAGAAGAAACAGUAGCAGUAGCAGCGAAGGGAAGGGGAGGGGAGGGAAAUUUUUGUUGUCUGUAUAUUGAAGAAGGAGAAAGGAAUUCUCAGAAGAAAGAAAUUGGGAAGUGGAAGAGAAGAGAAGAGCUCUUUUCGUUCGUGGGGAGGAAGAAGAAGAACCACAGCAACAGAAGAAGUCCUCCCUUUGCAAGAACCCAAAGGGUCCUUUUUUAUAGAAAAAUGGCAGCUUGGGGAACAAGUUUCUACAGUAGCGGGUUUGGCCAGACC